CUCAUCUCAGAUAGCCUCCUGUAUCCACGAUAUCUGUGAAGCAAGUCAUGUCAGUUCUCCGCUCACAAUCCGGUCUCGCCCAUUUGGUAGGUAGAGUGGUUGUGACCACCAUUCACGCACUACCACAAAUAUCCGUCGCCUUUUCCUCUUAAUCUGUAUUUGAACCCUCGACCGUAACAAAGUAUACCGUGUCAACUAUCGAUCUGCCGCGAUCCGAAGGUCAUUGAACAAAUAUUGUCGAGACGUUGAAUGGCAAGGGACUGGUGCGCACAUUCCAUUGUAUCCGACAAAACAACUAGAGGGCUCCUCUUCUGCCGAUGCGAUUGUCGUAUGCCCCGUCAAUGUCAGGCGGAUUCGUUUCGUCAACCAAUCUUUAACGGUCGGAAUGGCGCAGUUCCCCUUUCGUUGUGUCCAUCCCCGGUUUGAUGCGUAACGUUACGCAGUGUCCAUCCAGAUUCAAACUUGGACCGACGGGUGGGCCGAUUGCUGGCUGUGGGGAAUGCCUUUGACAUCGCUUCCGUUCUGUCUCCAUCUCAAUAUGCUCGUCACAACUCCCUCACCUCUAGUAAUUGUCGGAGGCUUCUUGGGUGGUGCUGGGUCCCUUGUGUGGGGUAACUUCGAAGAACAUUCCAACCACGCCUGCCGUCUUGACGGCAAAGAAGAACGAAAAAUCAUCUUUGCUAGUGUCGGUCCUGUCAGCUCUUUGCAUGACAGAGCUUGCGAGCUAUUCUACUCUUUGAUGGGUGGUGUCGUGGACUAUGGAGAGAAACAUUCAGAACGAUACAAUCAUGGUCGCUACGGUCGAGAGCAUCUCAUCGGGUUAUACCCGGAAUGGUCGAGAAAUAAUCCAUUGCACUUUCUCGGACACUCGCUGGGAGGGCCGACGAUCCUGAAGCUCCAAUGGCUGAUCGAGACUGGGUUUUAUGGUCGCAAUCAUCACCCAGAUAUGAUAUUGUCUGUGAACGCAAUAUCUGCCCCUUUCCUUGGUACUCAAGCAGUCUACCUUCUGGGCGAACAUCCUGAACGCGCCCCUGCCGUCCGCCCUCUCUCCUUUGGCUCCGCUAUUACAAAGAUCGCGCAUACACUGUCAUAUUUUGCGCCAAUCUUGCCUGAUGCAUUGGACAUGCAUACUGAGUCUCGCAACCUCUCAUUCGAUAAGUCUUCCCCGUUCGAAUUUCUCAAGCAGCUGUGGCACAGCGACUGGGCUGAGAGCGAGGACACCACGCCGUUUGAUAUGACAUUCCAGGCUGCAGGCCGUCGUGAGGCUGCGCUCGAGGGAAAGGUCAAUCCGAGAACGUUCUACAGGAGUUAUGCCGCGUGCAUGACAAAGAGGACGACCGACGACACGGAAAUGCACAGGCCCGACUUACGGGAUCUGCUCACGGUCUCUCCCAUGUACCUGAUUUCUCAAGCGAUGGGUUCCUUUGACUUCUCGGUCGUCAAGCCUGAGCCAUCGUUCCUCUCAAAUACCAAUGUGGACAAUAGCGAGAGCAAUGACCCUCCUGGAGGUUCGCCAGGACUGAACGGAUCUGAUGGAGAAGCGUACUGGGCAAAUGAUGGCGUCGUGCCGCUCUUCUCCCAGUGGCACCCUCUCCAAUGCAGCGACACCAAGUGCCGGCAUCUGGUCCUCCCAUUGGACGAGAGCGCGGGAACAGACUCGAGACCUCAGGCACAGAAUCCUGCGGAAGAAGAGGCGAGACCCGAGAGCGGCAUCUGGUACGUACACCAUGUCGACGAUGCUAGUCACGUCUCCAUAGUGCCCUUUUGGUUGGGAACGGAAAGGCAGAAGCUCUUCUGGAAAGACAUCGGACGGUGGCUUUGGGAGGUCGACGCAGCGCGCUUUGCAGAACAGGCGGAUGGGCAGAGACUGAGACGCCAAUGA